CAUCCUCGUACCUCCCAGCUUUUGCCUCGUCACCACCACCACCAACCACCACGCCUCCGUGCCUCCUCUUCCAUCCCAUAUUCCUCUCAAAACUCUCCAUCCCCAUCACUCUCCCUCCCGUCUGCGUGCCAGCUGCCUUCGUGGACCCUGCGGCAUCGUUUCGUGCUUGGAGCUGGGUGGCCCGUCCUUCGUUUUUCUUUUUCUUGUUUGUGCAGUACUCAGGUACCUACCUACCGAGGUACUUGGGCUUUGUCUCUCCCCGCAAUCGCUGCGCGCCCGCCUGGCCGCUUCCAAAACGACGUCACGCCGCCGCACCGCUGCCCGCGCUGCAGUGCUUCGGGCUGCUCUCUCCCAUCAGGUCACUGCGCAUACCAGCGUCCGCCUCCAACAAACCCACCUCAGCUUCAACACCACCUCCAACUGUCACCACCACCACCACCGCCUGCAAUACCACCCCCGAUACUACCACCGCCGUCACCAAAAGCAGCCGCUGCCACAGGCGUCAUUCUCACCACCAAACUGAUCAACACAGCGUACGUACGACCUUUUCUCUCCUUCCAGGCUUCCCACGAGCGACGGCGACCUCGAUUUCCCUCGUCGGUCAACCUUCGCUGCCGCAGAGACGAACGAGACGCAUCGCCGAACGAGCGAGCGAGCGAGCCACUGGCAACGCGCGCGGUAACAUCGUCUCGUUUGCACCCUCUCCAGCAGGCUGCCGGAUCGGGCGCAGCUCCCGCUCUCCCAGAAACACGCGCCUCGCCCCCUCUCUCCGAAUCGCUUCCGCUCCGUGUGCCUGUCCGCGGCACGCUCCCGCCGUAACCUUGAUGAAUGCGUAAAGCUGCCGCCCGUCCUUUGCCCUCGACCCUGCAGGGCCUUGAUCGCUUUCCCUUCCCGGCCAAUUUGAUAGUACACCAAGCGGCCAAGGUGGUAGCUACCCGAAGCGGCCCGCAAACUCUCCGAAAGCCACCCCUUCGUCGUCCCAAGCCCGGCAGGAACCUGCGUUGUCGAGUCGAUCGUCUCCGCCUCGAAGCAUUCCCGCCGUCCCGCUAGCCAAGGCUGUGGGUUGCCUGGCACUGGCUCAGCACACGAACAAGAGCCUUGGCCAGGAGAGCUGUCAAAACCGCUUAGGGGAUCUGCCAUCGCGAAUCCGAGUGCAGCCAUCGACCGUCUGCCCUGCCCGCAUUCAUACACUUCUUGGACCACGCUGUGGCGAAUUCCUCCCGCCCGUUGUCGUUUCCAGAGCGACGCUUGCGGAGUGUCUCACAGAUCCCGGCCCUGGCUGCCACGCUCCCCGACCCCUCGGCAGAGGGCACCCGGCUGUGGCUGAGACAUUGCGUCAAUCGACCUGUCACAGCAGCCCCAAGGGUUUUCUGUCCCGACCGUUUCACUGCCGACUUGAGAGUGCUCUUGCUCGCAUUUCUUCAGCGGCUGACGUGACGCUCUCCUCGCCAUGUCCUUCUAAGACCCGGUACGACAACAUACGUAUUGCUUUUUCGUCGCAGUAAAACCCCUCCUCACAGUUCGAGAGGCGACGACGACCUUGCGUGCGAGGCCGCGACUCGUGUACCAUGAGCGUCGAAAAGUGGAAGUGGAGGAGCUCCUCCGGCCUCGCCCUCGGCCAGGCCACCUCGCAUCAUUAUGAUUCGGAAAAGGCCCUGAUGACGGAGGCGCCCGAAAGCAAGGCCCCCCGGGUCCUCACGAGGGCUCUUCGCUCGCUCAGCAGCUCUUCCAUGGACUCCAUCGCUGCCAACUCGGUCAGAAGCUCAUCCUCGACGCGCAGGUUACAAAAGACGCCAUCGAACUCGGGGUCCAUGAUUGGGCGACUGCACCGUCGCGUGUCGAAAGACUCUGGGGGCCAUGCGCCUCCAGCCGAGGCCCCCGGGAGUCCUAUCGAGGGUCCGCAGCCAUACUCAGUCAUGGAAGUCGUCCAUUACGGCCCUCUCAAAGCCGAUAUAUCGCUCCUCAAGGCACGCGCAGAGUACCUCGUCCUGUCGGAUCACUGCUUGGUCAAGUUUACGACUGCCGACGCCGCUAGGAACGCCUUCCCCCAGCUAAGCCAGACCAAGCCGCACGCAAAAGACGCAGCACCCGCAUGUACGGGUAAAACGUCGUCUGCUGAUGUACGCCUCGAGAUCCCGUUGCGCUCCAUCGUCGCUGCCUUCAACGAGGAUUCCGCCCAUCAUCGCUCCGGCAUUGAGGUAUGGUGGUUCUCUCAGUGGCCACGACUCGCCUACUGCAAAGCCCAUUUGCAUUUUGCACUUCCAAAGGAGAGAGACGACUGGCUGGCAGCCAUCCACCGCACGUGCAGAGCGAGGCUUCGGAAGAAUCCCGCUGGCACUCUGAUCCCCGAGAAUCUCAAGACCCGCGUCAAUCACAUCGUUCGUUCGGUUGAAGGCAUCGAUGGCGAGCAUCAGAACCUCGUAUUCCCUGUCGCCAGACGUGUGUUCGCACAGACUCAGAGGGCUUCUGGCGCCGACGAAACACACGACCACAACGACUCGUCGUCCUUUUACUUCAUCAUCGGACCAUGCAUGUGCCACCUGAUCGAGGUCCUCAAGGCCGACCACUCGACGCUCCCUGGUGAUCUGCGAGUCAAGGCGGUCUCGUACGGGACCGUCACCCUCACGCGGUUCAAGGCGUCGGUGGCCUCGCACGAGCAGCGCUUCAUCAUGUGCUUCCGCUCACCAUUCGGCCGCGAGACUCGACUCGACUUGGCCAGCGUCCAGUACCGGCGCAUCAUCGAGGCGCUCAUCAAGGCUGACCGCAACCUGAAGCCUAUGUGGCCGCAGUCCUUGCAGCAUACCAUUUUUGAGGUCAAGGGCCUUCCACCCCCCCUCCAGCUUACCAAGGGAAACGACCUUGGCGGCCUUGAGAGCAGCCUUCAGGCGUAUUGUGCUGCAUAUCAAGUACAAGUGCCCGCGUGGAAGAUCGAGUGGAACACCCCGCCACACCCAGCUUUCCGCCUGUUGCCCCCUGAUGGCGCCGCCUACUCGCCGCUGCAGUUGCUUGCCGUUUUCCGCGCGCUGAGGUACAACAGUUUCUUCAAGGCACUUUCAUUUCGCGACGUUGACCUGUCGUCGCUUGCUGGCAAGAAUGACUAUUCCCAGUAUGGAGACGGCGUGGCCUACAGAUCGCUGAGCUCCAUGACCAUCUCGGGAGACCAUCAUGAGAUCCUUCUCCAGGCAACCAUCCUAGAGCAGGAGAUUCAUGCGUUGACCUUCACCUCCGAGUCCAUUCGGAGCAUUGACCUGGCCAACACUCUGGGCCUACAGACUAGUCAAAGACUGAGCCGCUUGCAAUAUGACCAUGAGGCGCUGUGCAAGAAGAGCUCCGAGUUACUGAGGCCCAUCUUGAUGCUUUGGAGGCAGCAGUUGUCUGUCUGCCAGGGAAUUUCCAUGUCUGGCAACCCCAUCGCCCUCGGCGACAUGGACGAGCUUGCGAAUCUGCUCGCGCUCGAUUACGUGCACAUCAAGAAACUCCACCUUGCGAAAUGUGCGCUGGGCGAUGCUGGAUUGUCUCAGCUCUGGGGAGCUCUGGGGAGUCAGGCUUACUCGUUGGAGUGCCUCGACACCUCGGAUAACCAAGGCAUUGUCCGAUUCGAUGUCAUUCAGGCGGCCCUGAAGAAGUUGCAGAGACUGGUUUCGCUCAACAUUGCCGGCAAUACUCGUAUCAUGUCGCAUGCGUCACUCUUCGACGAUGAGACUAUCAUGAAGUGGGCACUCCAGGACCUGAACUUGUCUGGAAUCAUGCUCAACGAUGCCACGGUGGACACCCUGGCCGCCUACUUGGGCACGUACCACUCGCAUGGCCUGCAGCUCAUGCAGCUCAACAACUGCGGCCUGACCGGGAAACAGAUUUCGCGUCUCUUCCGCAGCAUGGGCCAAGCGCGGCGGCUGACCAUUCAUCUGAACGGGAACCGCCUCGAUGAAGGCAUUGACGAUCUCUGCAGUGCCAUUGCUACCGGCCAUGGUCCCUGGAGCGUCUUUUUGCAGAUGAUCGAGUUCGCUUCCGAGGCCAACUACAUGAAGCUGCUGCGCGCUCUGACGGUGAACAAGACCAUUGAAUGUCUCAGCCUGGCUGGGACAGCCACGCCCGAGUCAGCGAGCGGAGUUGCAUGCCAGGCCGUUGCCGAUUUCUUCUCGAAGAACAACACUGUGCGUUUUCUGGACAUAUCUGGAUACGACUCGAAGCUGGACGAGGGUCGACUUGGCAGGGAAUUUUCCAAGGCCUUGAGCGGCAUGCGAUCGAACACGCGCAUCGAGCACCUCCGAGUGCGAAGCCAGAUGCUCAACAUUAACAUCGGAGACCUCGCCGAGGCCAUCUCCGGCAACAAGACAUUGCACACGCUUGACUGUGAGGGAAACGACUUCAACCUGUCAAACUUUCGGCACCUCAUCAAGCACUUGGAGGACAGCACCACGAUUCGAUACUUCUCGGCCUUUUCGGCGCCAGAGCUAUCGCGUGCGAUCCGCAAGUCAGUAGAGACGGCGGGCACUCCGUCGCCACUCAUGCGGCGCUCGUCCGUCAUGGCGAGGUUUCGGUCCGAGAAGGUGCAGGCCGUGACCGGGAAGCCGCUGGUGCAGCAGCUGAGAGACGAGUGGGAUGCCGCGGUGGCAGACUUGGAGCGCAUACUGCAGAGAAACCAACAGCUCUUGCGCGACAAGGAAGAAUCAGAUGACGAGUCUACGGUACAGCUGGGCGGGAGACAUGGAGAUGUGGAAAAUAUCUUCUCGGAAGCCUUUGGAGGACUCGCACGUAAGGAGUUCGAGUCCCGAAGAGCUAAGAGCUCGCCUGGAUCUGUUUCUCCCCGGCGUCGCCCAGCGUCGGUUUCGGCGCACCCAAGCUCGACCGAUAUCGUCGGACAAGGUAUCGCGCGACCCGGGUCUACCGUCUCCAGCGAGGCGGCCAUCAGCCCGUCCACGGAUGGGGCGAGCACGGGCGGCAUCCCGAGCCCCCCUGAGCUUGAAAGCCCGACGGACAAGGACUUUAGCCUUGCGGACGUGCAGAGAGCCCUGGCGGCGUUUGGGGCGUUUGGGGACGCGCGAGAUAACAACUACACAUUGACGGAGGCAUCAGAUGCCGACGGAGGACUGCAAAUGAAGAGAUUCAGACGAUGCUGGGGCAGCACAACUACCCGGAUCGACGAAGAGGACGGGGGAACGGGUGACGGGGUGGGGGACGAGUCACCCUAAGCGAUGGACCAUAUCAGAGGCAGCAUGCUUGUUGCCCGGCGCUUGCAUUUGAACGGCUCAUUGGGUGGCGUGGCGUUGGGACUCGUUGAUUACCUAGGUAUUUGCUUGAGACGAUGGGCGUUGUUGGCUGGGUGGGAUACCGUGACGGGAACGAUGGCUUUUGGCUCGAUACCCCUGUGCGAAUACCAAUUGAAUGUUUUUUGACUUGCAA